AUGGAGUCAGUCGCGAAGGCCGUGAUUGGCUUUUGCCUGGGCCAUGUCCGGACAAUCCUACUCGUCGCUCUUCUGACCGGGUACAUUGGAUAUUGCGUCUUUCGCGACCCCCUUCGCCAUAUCCCAGGCCCGCUGCUCGCCCGCCACCUUCCGGGCUGGCUAGCCGUGCACGCCUUUAGGGAACGAACCGAAUCUGCCAUCCUCGACGCACACAGGAAGUACGGGGAUGUCGUGCGGAUCGGCCCACGCACCGUGCUGGCAGGCAACGCAGAAGCAGUGCGCAGAGUGCUCGGGUACGGCGACAACUACCUGGACAAAUCCGCUGACUACGACGCGCUGGUGGUGCACACGCCGUCCAUCUUCAGCGAGGUCGACCGCACGGCACACGCGCGCAAGCGUCGCAUUGCUGCGCACGCGUACAGUAUGCAGAGCCUAACCAAGAUGGAAGACGUCGUCGCCGCGAACCUAGCCGUGUUUCUCCGCCAGAUGGAUGCGUGUGCCGCGAGAGCGCAGCCCAUGGAUGCUGCCAUGUGGUUCAAGUUCUACGCCUUCGACGUUAUCGGCGAUCUCGCCUUCGGCAGGAGCUUCGGCAUGCUCCAGCGAGGUGUCAUCGACGACUUUGUCAAGUGCAUCUCGGAUGGAGUCGAGUUUACGUUCGUGCGGUUUCUCUUGCCGUCAUUCUUGAGACCGCUGUGCCAGCUCUUGGUGGAAUAUCUGCCGUUCUCCUUGUUCAGAGAGCUGAAGAGCGGCUUUGCAUACGUGAAGAAGGCGAGUAUCCUAGCCAAGAGGAAUAGAUGGAUAAAAAGAGACAGUGGUGCUCAGCGUGGUGACAUCUUGGGCGCACUCAUGGAAGCCAGAGAUCCGGCCACCAACGAACGGCUGGAGUUCGCAGAGCUGGCCACGAAUGCGUCGACCAACAUCAUUGCCGGCUCCGACACUGUCACCAUCUCGCUUACCGCCAUCAUAUACCACCUCCUCAGGAACCCAGACCGUGCUGCCCGACUGACGGCUGAGGUUCGCGGCAAUUCCUUGGGUGACAUUCCCCUGUACAAGGAUAUUCAGAGACUCCCAUACCUAGACGCCUGCAUCAAGGAAGGAAUGCGUCUCACCUCACCCUUUGCCGGACCAUUACCACGGCUCUCACCGCCGGGCGGACUCGACAUUGGAGGCACACGCAUUCCAGCGGGAACGGUUGUCAACGUGAUGCAGUGCCAAAUACACAAGGACGGGCGCAUCUUCCGCGAUCCCGAGUCCUUUAAACCGGAGCGGUGGCUCGACAGCAGCGACACCUCCAAAGAGUUGGAUAAAUACUUCCUGGGAUUUAGCACCGGUCCUCGCUCGUGCAUUGGGAAGAACAUUGCACUGCUCGAGAUGAAGUUGUUGCUGUAUUCAUUUUUCCGUCGGUACGAUUUGUCCCUUGUGCAGCCGGGGGUAGAACUACAGUGCCGACGAUAUCUCGUCACCAAGCCCUUGAGUUCGGUGUUAGUCCGAGUUCAGAGGGCGGAAGUUGCCGGGUAG